CGCUCCAAGAUCAGAUAACAUACCUGAGAUCAGUCCAGUGAAGGAAUCUUAGAGCAUAGUUGUACGGAUUGUCCGUGCUUGGUUUGUUCGUGACGUCAAUCGUGACGCACAUCCGUUUUCUCUCGACAUGGUUCUCAUGGAUGCAUCUGGAAACAAGAUUCACGCCACUGUACGAAGAACUCUGAUCUACAAAUUUGAGAAGGACCUGCAGGAGGGAAAGGUCUACUCUAUGAGUGGCUUUGGUGUUGCUGCGAAUCUUGGAUCUUAUCGCACCACAAAGCACGAAUACAAACUCAAUUUCCAAUUUAACACCAAAGUGAAAUUGUGUGGCAAAAAUAGUGUUCCGGAUGAUAUCUAUCCGAUAUCAAAUUCUAUUGUUGUUUUCAAUUCUGAAUACGACACUGAUUACUUAGUCGAUGUCAUGGGUAUGUUGACCGGUGUUGGCAUGCAAAGGGAAUAUGAACGAAAUGGAGCAAAAACUAAGAUGGUGGCCAUGAAAUUGAAUUACGAUGGGUUUAAAUUUAAGGUCACUCUAUUUGGACAAUAUGCUGAUGAACUUAAUGCUUUUGUUGCUGCCGGAGAGACCAAUAAGGUCAUUGUGGUUGUCCUGUUGGCCAAAGUUAAGAUCUGGCAAGUGUUAGAGUUUAUAUUCUGA